GUCUUGAAACUUUUCGACCCCUUCUUCUACCGUCGUGUGGCUGAUAAGAGGUCAGCGAUGAUCAUCACAAACGUCCAGGAUAUUCACGAGUGUGCUAGGAUGUGCCUGGAUGCCGCCUUCCUAUGCGGCAUCUUCGAAUAUUACAAAGCAGGAACGAUCACAGAUGUAAAGAAUGAAACCAAACCGAUCUAUGAUUGCCUGAUCACUGGACCAAGUAUGCAGAUGGUUCCCCUGCAGAGCUCCGAGUCAAAGCGGAUCAAUUUCCACCAAUUUGUCCGAAGAAUUGAUAUCGCAGGUGGACAAAAUGCCGUUUUCACGUCGGCCACGGAAGUCAUCUUGUCCCCUUCGUACCUGCCUAUCACCCCCUUCAACCUCUCCUUCUUCUCCUCCUCACCCCUCUCCUGGACAAUAUAUCUCUCUGAACUAAACUACAACACCCUAAUCUUCAAGAUGCUAGCAGUGAAGGGCCACAUCGACUGCGGUGGGUGCUCCUCCUUCUCCCUCCUCUCCGUCAAUGGUGGAGGAAACGUCACAGCAACUGCUGGCAAGGUUGGUAUCGCUAAAUGUCUUGAUGAGUUCGUCGUCGGAGAGAUCUUCUACGUCGAUUCAUCCGAAGCAUUCAUCACCUACUUCGCAACGGAUCUGGUAUACACUGGAUUCAUGUUGGAAUAUAAAGCGAAAUGGUUGUGUAAUCAGAGCUUCAUCACGUCUCCUGGAUCUAUCAGCUCACCACGAUUCUACUCAAUCAGACAAGCAUACCCGCCCAAUGUCCGAUGUCAUUACACCAUCACUGCACCCCCGGACCACGUCAUCUCUCUUCACAUCAACUCCUACCAAAUCGAACCAGACCGUGAAGAGGGGGCGUGUGACUUUGACAGUCUCAGUAUCUUCGAUGGGAACUCCACUCUGGCGCCAAGGGUUGAAUAUCUCUGCGGGUUUAGCCAAGCUCCUGUGAUGGUUCUAUCAAACUCCAGCUCGCUCUAUCUACUCUUCAGUUCUGACCAGUCCGGCGAAUAUACGGGUUUCGCAGCUUCCUUUUUAUUCAUAGAUCAAAAUCUAGAAGAUUUACAACAUGAAGACCUGAACAAACCUGCCGACGUAACAGGUUUUGAAAGCUUCCAGGAAUUUAUAAAUGACAUGUAUGAAACAUCUCCAAAUUCCAAACCGACAACGACUUCCCGGUCAACACAUUCUGAAGCGAUUAUGCCUUCCAGACAAGUGACUGCCUAUGGUAACGAAGUGAUAUCCUCAACCAAGAUGACAACGUAUUCCAAAGGAACUACAACCCUUUCUAAUGGACAGGAAACCCCACAUAAUGGAAUUCCAACGUCUUCUCAAGGAAUGAUAACCUAUACUACAAAACCUAUUACAUCUUAUGAAGAUAUGAAAACAGUUUUACCGGGUCUGUCACAUCUUCAGUCUACGGCAGUGGACCUCGAAUAUAUUUUUAAAGUAACCCUGGUCGUCAUUUUACUGGUCUUCAUUUUGCUCGCUAUAGCUCUUGCAGUGUUGUACUGCCGAAUCAAACGUGAGAAUGAGGAAUUGAAAAAGCACUUACAUAUUCACCGAAAUGGACAUAUUGUGAGUCUUUAAACAUUUUAUUUGAUCAAAGAACAUGGAUUUUAUAUUCAUUUUGCAUGAACAUGCAUU